AUGUACUUAUGGAGAGUAGCUGUCAAUGCUCUUCCCACAAGGGAAAACCUUAUGUGUCGCUUGGACAUUCCCGACCCGAGUUGUGUACAAUGUAACCAAGAGGUAGAAUCUGCCAUUCACUUGUUCUCUAGAUGCCAAGCAGCGAAAGCUAUCUGGUUUGGGGCUUGCUGGGGGUUCAGACCAGAUUAUGGUCAAUUCACUAGCACCAGUGAUAUUAUAAAGGUCAUCCUAGACCCCCCUUCAACCCUUUGCCAAUCCCAAGACCUUUGGAGACUUACUCUCAAUAUGGCAAUCACUCUGGAAGAACUUUGGCACACUAGGAAUGAGGUUCUUCAUCUUACAAGUCCUGCUAAUAUUUAUGCAACCUGUUUGAGGAUCAAGUCUAAAUUCAAGGAAUACUCUCGGAUUUUAUCUCCUUGUGAGACUCUCCGUCUAAGUAAGGACUCUGUAAAGUGGGCGCCUCCCCCUGCGGGUACUGUCAAGCUUAACGUCAAUGCAACCAUCUCCCAAUCAAAGGCAGCCUUAGCAGUAAUUGCUAGAAACGAACGUGGUACUGUGCUUAAAGUCUGGGCUAAAAGCAUACCUCUUUGCUCCCCUCUUAUUGCUGAAACCGAAACUAUCCUAUGGGCUUUGAACAUUGCGUAUGGGGCAAAUUGGAGGAAUAUUGCAGUGCAAAGUGAUUCAAAAAGCAGCAUUGAUGCCAUCUUGGACCCUUCAGGCUUCCCCGUGUGGGCAAUCUCUACCAAUGUCUUCAAUAUUUGUCAGUUGGCUAAGUCUUUUUCCUCUUGUUUUUUUAGUUGGAUUAAUAGAAGUGGAAACGCUGCUACUCAUGUGACAGCAAAGUACGCAAUUAACUGUUUAGGUUCUCUCUAUUUUGUUCCAGGCAAUCUUCCAGCCUCUUUGGCUAUUGUUUGUGAGGAAGAUGCCUGA